AUGACCGACCAAGAAACCAAGUAUAUCGCUGUCCUCGGCGCAACAGGGAACCAAGGGGGUGGUGUUGUACGUGCACUUCUCGCAAAGACCGAGCCAUGUUUCCAUGUUCGUGCCAUCACUCGCGACGUUUCUUCCCCGGCGGCACAGAGGCUACAGGCGAAGCACAAAGACAGUGGUAGGCUCGAGCUGGUCGCUGCUGAUGUUUACGACAAAGAAUCUCUCAUCGAAGCGUUCAAAAAUGCCUAUGGGGUGUUUGCUCAGACGAAUAACCGAAUCCCCGGGAAGAAGAUCGAAACCGAGCAGGAUAUGGAUCAUGAACUGGUCGCUGGGAGGAAUAUUAUCGAUGCGGCGAAGGCUUGCAAUGUGCAGCACUUCGUAAUGAGCAGUUUGCCCAAUAUAACGAACGCGAGCAAUGGCCGCUUCACUAAGGUCUUCCAUUUCGACAACAAACAUAAGAUUGAGCAGUGGGCCUGGGAUGAGCUGCCCGCCGUGACGGCUUUACAUCCUGGUCUGUUCUAUACAAACAUGCAAUGGUCACAGUAUUGCCAGCGUCAAGACGAUGGCAUAGUUCGAUUUUGCGCCCCAAUAGACGGGAACAAACUUGCUGAUUGGGUUGAUCCGAGUUACGAUAUCGGUGUAUAUGCUGCAGAGAUAUUCUGCCUAGGACCCGAGAAAACAGCAUCAAAAACGUAUCCCGUUGUUGGCCCGAAACUUUCAUUUGCUGACUUCGCAAGAGUGUUUAAAGAGGUCACUUCACAGGAAGCUAUCUUCGAUCCAAUAACACUAGAUGAAUGGGGCGCCACUGUGGCGGCGACUGCUGGAAAAGGAUAUGAAGAAGAUAUAAGACAGAUGAUGGAAUGGAUUUCUGUGGCUCCAGAUGACAAGAUCUGUUAUGGAACAAUGGAUCGGAGUGAGGAUAGAUCGUAUGAAGACCUUGGCGUUAAGGGCAGUACUUUGGCGGAUUGGAUGCGCAGAGCUGCAUGGCAAGGGCCACAGUAA